CAACAGAGCGCGAGGGCGAAUCCGAAAGGUCCCAAUGAGCUUCUGACAGCCGCAGGUGAAUCCGUCAAGGUGCUUCGAAUCAGCCUUAAUCAAAGUUGAAAUCACCGGAAUCAUUUUCAACUCCGAUCGGCCUCGACGUGUCGCAUUCAAACUGAACUUGUUCAAUACCGUUCGCUGCUAUUUUAUUCGUAUUGACCAGAGUAUUUAAGGAAAGUCACGGACAAAUGAGCGGAAAUUUGUCGUGAGAAAACGGCGGCGCGUCGCCCGAACUUGAAGAUCGGACGCAAACGUGCCGAACGGCAGCAAGUUGGAAGUCGACAGUUGAGCAAAGCCAUCAAAGAAGCCAAAAUAGGCAAAGAGCCAAUGGCGCGUGUGCACCUCAAAUUGAGAAGAACAUUUGGGCAGACACAAAAGCAGGAACUAACAAGAAAAAGAGACGCGUAAGCACGCUCUAGGGGUCAAGAGGUCAUCUGCCUUUUUUCUAAUUCUUCUGACGUACUUUGCCAGUCUGCAUGGGAUAUCAGAAAAGACAAAAAAACACCAUUUGAAAUCAUGAAAGCCACAUGGGGAAGUAUUCAGAAGUAACUUUCACACAUCCUCCUCAUAUUUUCAAGAUUUUUGUCAUGUUAUUUCUAUUUUGGGGCGGCAUGGCGGGCGACUGGUUCGAGUGUCUUCCUCGCAGUUCUGAGGACCGGAGUUCAAUCCUGUGGAGUUUGCAUGUUCUCCCCGUGCCUCCGGUUUACACUAGGUUAAUUGAAGACGCAGCCGUGGCCCAACGGUUAAGAUCAUCGCCCGCCACUGUGGGGGACCAAUGUUCAAGACCCCAACCGGACCAUCCGCCCACAUCUCCUGGACUCACGGGUGUGGUGUCCUUGCGUGAGACACCGAUACCGCGAAAUGCUUCCCGGGCGCUUCAGCUGCCUCCUGCCCCAGUGUGUUCCGCUAACAUGUGUGUGAAUGCGAGCGCCAAUGGUUGUUUGUUUCUCUGUGCCCUGCGAUUGGCUGGCGACCGGUUCAGGGCCUCUCGCCCGAAGAUUGCUCCGGCAGCCAGCGACCCGCGUGAGGAUGAAGCGGGGGCAACAUUGAGCCCGGCGCUCCGCCACUACUCGUGCACGAAGAAGAUGAGCGGGGACGUCCCCUUUCUCGGGUCCAAUCGAGGGCGAGGACGCGGUCGUAGCCCCGCCCUCCAGAGAAACCGCCAUCAGGAAUCAAACGGAAAAGAAAAAAAGUGACGACAGAAGUGCAACGCGACCACAAACGCAACAAACCGACAAGAACGCCGAGGCGGCGACGCAGUUCUGAGCGACAUGGCAGACGAAGCGUCAGGCGGGCGAGCGUCGUCGGAAGCUGCGGACGAGCCGCCGGAGACGUCGCAGGAAGUAGUGUCCGGUGCGAAGAAAAGCACGGCAGGCGACGUGAUUGUGGAGGGGAAGCGCGCCAAGAAGAGCGUGGAGCGACUGGACAUGCAAGCGCCCAGACACAAGGAGAAGCUGACGAUCGCGCAAGGAAAUGGCGACAAGCUAGGAGACAUUCCGCGCACCAACUUCCACAUCGGCAAGCUCAAGCCCGAAGACCUGAAACCUCUGCACGCCAUCUUGUUUGAGCGGCCGGGGAAGACGGCGAGCAUCAAGAAGAACUUGCGCCUCUUCAACGGCUUCCCGUUCCACGCAGGCAGCGACCGCUACCUCAAGAAGCGAGACAAACUCCUCAAGAACUCGCACUUCACCAACAGCAAGCUCAAGCUGCUUUGCGGCAUUCUGGACCUGGAGAAGAAAGGGACGCGGGCGGAACUGGUGGAGCGGAUUGUGACCUUCCUGCUGGCGCCCAAGGACAACGGCAAGCGCCUUCCCGUGAAGAAGAAGAAGCGAUCCAAGAAGAAAGCGUCGUCCGACUCGGUCGCCGAGAGCAAGAAGACGAAGAGCGACGCCAAGAGCGGACGCGUCUCCUCCUCUUCCUCGGCCGGUCCCAAAAAGUCCAAAGCGGGAAGCAAGUCCAAAGCCAUCGUCACGGACUCCAGCAGCGAGGACGAGGACGACCGAGACGACGAAGCGAAGGCGGCGGACGGCGAAGCUUCAGAUGCGGAAAAAAGUGAGGAGGAAGAGGUGACCGAGUCCAAGAAGCGCUCCAGGACGCCGGCCAAGAAGACUCCGCCUCCGAAGAAGCGGGUCAAGAGGGACCUCUCUGACGACGACUUGGCCGGUGACCGGAAGGCCGAGAAGAAGAAGACCGACAGCAGCAGCAGCAAGACCACCAACACAGACGACACGUCGGACGAGGACGAGCCGCUCGUCAGGAUGCCGAAGCGAGCGCCGAGCGACGGCGAGCUGACGGAGACGGUGCGCGCGCUCCUCGCCGACGCCAACCUGGAGGAGACCACCAUGAAGAUCAUCUGCCAGCGGGUGUUCGACGCCUUUCCUGAUCGCGAUCUGAGCGGCAGGAAGGACUUCAUCAAACGAACCGUCAAGUCUGUGAGUUGCACGCACGCACGAGUGAAGGCUCGUGUGUGUGCGUGACAGCGAGUUGUGUGUUUGUGUGCGCAGCUCAUCACGUGAAGAUGACGACGAGCCACGCGAUUGGCUGGCCGCGCCUCCUUCCGAUCACGUAAAGACGAGCCCCGUGAUUGGCAGGUCACGAGGCCACGCCUCCUGUCUUUUUGUACUUUUAUGUUUUGAAUAAAGAUUUUGAAGUAAAGCCAA